UUUAUCAAACUACACGGUACCACAUCCCAGAGGACCAUAGUCUUAAUGCAGUGUUAUGGUUUUACAGUGCAGCAUGGAUCUCAUGAAAGUUGAAUGUGGUCAAGAUGGCGAGUUGUGUGAGACACCUGGCAGAGAGUGUUGUCUGAUUGAAGUAAAAGAGGAGAUGGAUCCAUUGCUAACUUUUUCAGAAUUGAAGACAGAAGCUGAACAUGUGAAAGUCCACAUGAAUGCAAAGGCUAAUUCAAACAAAGAGAGUGAAUGUAAGCACAUUGACGUAAAGGAAGAGAAAGAUCCUUUGUUAAUAAUAGUACCAUUUAUGAAGGCUGAAAAUGAGGGGUUUGUUAUAACCAAAGAAGAGGAAUGUCCAUUCAAAAUAAAGACUGAAUCAGGAGAAAUUCAUGGUACAACAGAAGAAGACAUGGAUAAUGGACAAUAUACAUGUGAUAUUUGUGCCAAACCAUUAACGUGUUCGCAGAGACAAGGUGUACAAAUUGGAAAUCAUUCAUAUAUAUGUGAUGUUUGUAAGAAACCUGUUUGCCAUCAGAUUCCCAAAAGUGUUUCUGUACACAACCGGCAAAAUUCUUUCUCUUGUGAUAUGUGUAACAAGUCGUUCAACUGGCGGAGUAACCUGAGGAUUCAUCAACGCCUACACAGUGGGGAGCGUCCGUAUUCUUGUGAUGAGUGUAAUAAGUCAUUCUAUGAUAGUAGUGGCUUGAAGAGACAUAAAGUCAUACAUACUGGAAAGCGUGCAUAUUCCUGUGAUAUGUGUGCAAAAUCAUACAGACAACCAGGUAAUUUGAAGAUACAUCAACGUAUUCACACUGGAGAGCGUCCAUAUGCUUGCAACGAAUGUAGUAAAUCAUUCAGGCGUCAGGCUUGUUUGAAGAAACAUCAAGAUACACAUAGUAAAGAAUGUCCAUAUUCUUGUGAUGUGUGUAAAAAGUCUUUUAGACAGCUGAAUAAUCUGAAAGCACAUCACCGCAUUCAUAGUGGAGACCUUCCUUAUGCGUGUGGUAUGUGUAGUAAAUCAUUCAGUCAAAAGAUUAGGUUGAAGGAACACCUAGGCAUACAUAAUGGAGAGCGGCCAUUUUCUUGUGAUGUGUGCAAGAAAGCAUUUAUCCGUUUGGGUAAUAUGAAGAUACAUCAACGCAUUCACAGUGGAGAGCGUCCAUAUUCCUGUGAUAUAUGUAAUAAAUCAUUCACACAAGUGAAUAAUCUGAAGACGCAUCUACGUGUUCACACUGGAGAACGUCCAUACUGUUGUGAUUUGUGUAAGAAAUUAUUCAGAUCUCUGUCUGCUAUGAAGGAACAUCAACGCAUACAUACCGGAGAGCGUCCACAUUCUUGUGAUGUUUGUAAUAAAUCAUUCAGAUCUCAUUAUAAUCUGAAGGAGCAUCUACGCGUACAUACCGGAGAGCGCCCAUAUUCAUGUGAUGUAUGCAGUAAUUCAUUCAGUCGGGUGAGGUAUCUGAAGGCACAUCAGCGCGUGUAUUCUGGUAGUUGUGCUUAUUCCUGAAAAUUUGUGUAAUGAAUCAUUUGGAAAUCAAGAGUAAUUUGAAGAGUAUCAGUGUAUAUGUGUUGCAGGAAAUUUACUGUUUACUAAUUUUUCUGAUUAAAUUUGUUAAUACAAGUUUAAAUAUUAAAAUGCAAUUUAAUGAAACAGAAAAGAAAUUAAUUAAUUUAUACCAUAUGCUACUGGUCAGCAGUGUAUAAAUAUAUCUGAAAUAAAAAGGUGCCAAAUAUUCCCAAAAACAUGUGUUCACCAUACUCAGUAAAUCAGGAAAAUAUUUAUCAGGUUCAGAGUAUGGUUUCCUUUGGCCAUACAGGUAGCUUAGUGAAACUUACCUUGUUGGACAGUUACAAUAGAAAACCAUCCAACUGCUUCCUUCCUGCCAUCAUAUGUAAUCUAACUGCCACUAUCCAACUUGCAUGUCGGAUGCUGUUUGACCUAGAGCCCAUUGAGAAACAGGAAAAGUAUCUAAAAAUAUAUAAAGCAACUUAGUUGAGUCAUCAGCUUAACCUCAGUAUGGACACUACCAAUAUUAUGAUAAAAUUUACUGCAAGCAUCAAAUGUAUAUCAAAAUAGAAAAUUAGUAAUAAUGAACUAAUUUUGUAAUACAUAUGUGUGAUUAAGAAAUUGAAUCCAUUGUGAUGUAAUUCAGUCACAUGAUAUUAAGGAUUAAAGAACUGUCAUGAUGUAUAUGAAAGCACUGAGCUUUCGAAACCGUUCCCAUCAUGAAACAAGUCAUUUCAAAAGACUGUUAUGACACCACUUUUCUCUAAAGAAUUUACUGUAACUACAUAUAUAUCGCGUUCUGAAACUGAUUUGUAUCACCAAGAGUCCACAAAUGCGUAAAAGUGAUAUUUUAUUACUUUUCAGUUUCAUGUAGUUGUAGCUGUUUUUUUCUGCCCUGCCAUGGCUUUCUGUGAUGUGAUGCCUUGGUUUGAAAUUUCUUAUCAGCAUCAAUAUGUACUGCAUUUAAAGUCUUGCUUUAUUUUGAUAACAAUUUGCUAUUGAUACAGUUAUGAUGUGGAUGGGUAAAAACAGGGCAGGUUGAAACAUACUGCAAUAAUAUAAACAAGGUUUAAAUGAACUUAUUGUCACUAGUGGUUUACAAAUUGUGGUUGUUUGUGAAGACCAGGUAACUGUAGAUCUAUAUGUGUAUAUAAAGACUUAUUUAUCA